GUUACGAGUAGGCGAAACAUGUAAACCUGUAGUUAUAAUUCUAUCAAUCAGAACUCAACCGAAAAUGAUGACAUAAAAACAUUUCAAAAUUAAAAAAAAAUGUCUACAAUGUCAAGUUGUCAGAGGAACCAAAAAUGUCUGAGCACUUUUGGGAUGACCCAGUAAUAAUCCUUUAUCUUCUCCUAGUUAUCCACAUAAGCGACAAUCUGUGGGCCAUUUACUUGCUGCUUCGCGAGAUACAUGUGGUCUACAAGGUUCAGAUGGUACCAGACUUGAUACGUCCCUAUUUACCACAGGAGCUCUUUGAAAAGAUGCGUCUUCACAAGCUCCACAAGGGCUGGUUCACCAUUGUCAAUACAAUGGUAAUGGUGAUAAUAAUGGGCGUGUUGGAGCUAUACUUUGGAUUAUAUUCUUGGCUAUGGGACGUGGCCACACAGUGUGCCAUUGCCCAGUGGAUGAAGCACGAGGUCAUUGUAUCACUGAUUUUUGUAUUCAUUUUGAGUAUCUACUUUUGGAUCAAGAGCCUUCCGGGCGCCAUAUACGAAAAGUUAUGCAUUCCCAGUUUGCACAAUCGACAAAAAUCAUCAGUGGCAGCCAUUAUUGUGAAGGUGAUCGUGGACAUAAUAGUGGGCAUUCUGGUGACCACAAUGAUGGUAGUUGCUCUGGUGUAUCUCACCCUCUGGCUGGGGGUGUUCACGGCGUUGGGUCUGUACCUCCAAUCUCUGAUAAUCACAUUUGGCCUGAUGAUCAUUAUUCCAUUUUUGAUUGAUCCGUUUUUGGGUAAACGGGUGACUCUUGAGAACACGAAUUUGCGGACCGAGCUGGACAAUCUCACCAAAAAAGUGGAAUUUCCAACACACCAGGUGGUCAUUAUUAAGGUUCACGAUCCAAGCAUAGGCAGCAAUGCUUUCUUCUACGGGUUUGGCUGCCUCAAGAGAAUUAUUAUCUUUGAUGGCCUGUUGCUGAAUAGGGGUAAGCGUGAUGUAUCGGAUUUGUCGCCAGAGGAGAUUGGUAAGGGCUUGCGGGACGAACAGGUGGUCGCGGUGGUGUGCCACGAGCUGGGCCACUGGAGUCACGGACACUUCUGCAAGACGGUAGUUACCUUCCAGGUCUAUUUGAUAGUGAUGCUGAUCUUAUUCACAAUCACCUUUUCGCACGGACCUAUUUAUGAAGCCGUGGGAUUCGCCCCUGGAGUCCAGCCUAUCAUCGUUGGGUUUUUCAUAAUCUUCGGAUUUGUGCUGACACCGUACCUGACCAUGGCAAACUUCGUCAUGCUGAGCUUGGGUCGGUGCUACGAGUACCAGGCUGAUAAGUUCGCCUUCCGACUGGGAUACGCAAGAGAACUACGUACGGCGCUGCUGAAGUUAUACGCCGAUAAUCUGGUGUUUCCUGUGACGGACAGGUGCUACUCCAGCUGGCAUGACUCCCAUCCCACCAUGAUCGAUCGUCUGGAGCGCCUGGACUCACUGUUAAACUAUGGAAGUUAAUAUGAUUUAUAAAAAUGACAAUACUUUAUACAAACUAAGUAGGUUCCGAUUGAAUAAUCCCGCUCGGAUAUUAUAGAUAUAUCAUCAUUAAA